CGUUCAAGGACAGGCUGAUAAACAAUCGCCAGGGUGUUAUUGAAGGGAUUUUAAAUGUUUAUACAAGUUUUAAAAAUUGGAAUAAGCUUAAAUGUCCAAUAAUAUGGGACUGGCUAGAUAUAUGUGGUAUAGUUAUCUCUCAAUGAUAUAAAUCUACUUUGGACAAAGAUAUCUAUAAUGUAAGUGAAAACACAAUGUUUCACAAGAAUAUCAUGAUCGUGCAUUUUGUGGAACCACAUGGGCAUACACACACAGAAAGAUAUACAUACAACAGAAUAUUAUCAGUCCUAUAUAGCAAACACAAACACAUAAACUAAAUUUUAAAUAAAUUACUAUUCUCUGACUAGGAUUAGAUAACUGAUAAGGCCUAUUUACUGGAAAAUAACAUGUAAAUAAAAGUAUUACCUAGUGUCAUAUAUUUUAAUUAAUUAGAGUUAUUGUUUUGCAAAGCCCCUAGUAGGUAAGCCAUAGUUUGGUUGCUUAAUACAGGAAUUUGUGGCCUUCCUCUGUCCUCUUUCAGCCUGUGGAGGCCUGCUGGGAACACAGCUUCUCCAACAACAAAUAUGUCUGGAAGGCUGUGCUCCAAGGCCAUUUUUGCUGGCUAUAAAGGGGGUCUCUGGAAACAGAGGGAGCACACGGCUCCUCUUAAAGCUGAAGAUGUUUAUGCUCAAAAUGAAACUGAAUUCUGUCUAGGCACGAGAUGUGCUUAUGUGUACAAGGCAAAGAACACUCCUGGUGGCAAACUGAACAAAACCAGAAUCACCUCAGGGAAGGUAACUCGUGCUCAUGGAAACAGUGGCAUUAUCCAUGCUAAAUUCCAAAACAACCUUCUUGCUAAGGCCACUGGACACAGAAUCUGUGUAAUGCUGUAUUCUUCAAGGAUUUACUUAUUGAAAUGUAAAUAAAUAAAGGUAGAUUUGUUAAAUUGUAAAA